AAGGAUAGUUUUAGAAUCUGAUAGAACCGGAUCAUCAUUCGGCAAAAUCUUCUAAAAAUGUUGACUAAGGUAGUGCUGCUGUGUUAUAUGGUUAGCUGGGUCUCUUCUGCUCCACUAGACUCGUAUGGAACGUCACUUCCAGUACAAGCUUUUCAGCCAGCCGAGUUAUACAAAGGAAGAGAGACCUAUACACCUGAUGUAUACGAGCAGGAGCCACCAAAGCCUUUCAGUUUUGGCUAUCAGUCCCAAGACGAUGACGGCAACACCCAGCAACGAGAAGAGGCAGGGGACGAGAACGGGAAUGUGCGGGGAAACUACGGCUACACUGAUGCUUAUGGUCUUUUCCGUAAAGUAAAUUACGUCGCUGAUGUUGACGGCUUCCGGGCGAAAAUCGAAUCUAACGAACCCGGAAUCACCAGUGAUGAUCCGGCCUUUGUGCAGAUUGACAGUCAAGAACCUCCUGCACAUAUUCAGGAAGCCUACUCAGCUCCAAAUAAACCCAAAGCUUUUACAGAAUCAGCAGAUCGCAGCUACAGCCAACCACAUCGUUACGUGGCUCCCAGGCCUGUUCCAGCCCGAGUGGCUUUGACCCAUCCUGUUCCGUACGGUGUGAAUCCUGCUGUCUUACCAGUCAGAGGACUCUCCGUUUCACCUCAUGGAGCGGUUAGAACAAGCGGACUGGCCGUUUCUCCCUAUAAACUGAAUAAAUUUCAUGCCCCUUCAUUCACCGCUGCCCAUUAUUAGUAGUUGAACUACGAAGUCAGAGUAGUAUGUAAACUAUGAUAGCUUUAGUGUUAACUUUCAUGACGCGGUUGUGUCCUUACUUCUUCUGAAACAGGAUGAGUUUUGACUAUGAAUUAUUCUUAUUUAAUAUAGUGAUUUUCUAGUAUUUAUCCUCUCAUAAAAGUGCUAUUACUAUCGUAAUUUUACGUAUACCCCCAAAAGUGCAAAGACGGUACCGUUUGGAUAUGAUUUUAUUAAGACGUCAUAUAAAUUAAAUGAUUCCAUAAAAAAGUAACAUAAUAUCACCGAAACGGCGAAAACAACUUGUUGUUUUCUACUGAAAUAUUCCUGUAUCGUAUAACACAUUAU